GGCACUGAUGUCUGACUGUCCUGCUGAUUCAACUCCUGUUCAUAAAGGGGUUGCGUGGGAAUUGCAGUUCUCCUGACACACAGUCACUACAUUUACAUGCACACUAGAAACAUGGUUAAUGGGAGAAAUCAGGUUACGGCAGGAAAUCGGAGAAUGCCUUCACAUGCACUGCAAUAACCAGGUUACUGUAAAACCCUGCGUUUACAUGCAGCUGGUGGGUAAUCAGAUUUCUCUCCUUCUCAGUGCCAUGCUUUUGAAGCAAUGCUGGCAUACUUUGAGUGUAUUAAUGAUAUAUAAUACUGCAGCCUGAAGAGUUUCUUUUCUUGGUGGAAACAUUUGGACUAACUGACUGAGAGGCAACUCAUUCUUUCCUUAUUAUGCACAUGAGCCUGAAUCUUUUAAAAAGAAUCCACCAUUCAUCUUAUUCAGACUUAUUUCAGUUUUGAUUUUAGUUAAGGCUUUUGAUUUAAAUAUUUUGCAUACUGAGAUGCUACAUCGCUACAAGUUAUCAUCUUUCUCUCCGUGGAUUGGGACUGCUGCCGUGCCAUGAUACUUUCCUUACGUGUAGGAAGUAUCAUCGUUUACAUCUGCUAACAUAUACAUGGCCAAGAAAUUGGUUUCAUCCAGCAGAAGUCUAGCUGUGUUAAACAGCACUGAGAGAGGACACUCAAUGUAGUAUUCUUGUUAAGUGUCCUGCACCCACUGUGGUCAGGCUUAGGCAUGGCCAGGACCUGCUAGGUCCUGGCCAGAGCAGAAGAGCAGAAAUUCUUAUGGAUUUCUGCAGGAGUCACAACAGCAUGGGCUGCCAGGAAUUUGGAUGGCGAGAAGAAGUAGGCUAUGUUUUCUAUGGCUGUUUUAAUGAUCUCCUCAGGAUAUAACUGAAGUUAAUGAAGUCCAUUCCAUGGGGGCUUACCUUUGACCCUGGUCUGAAUGCUUCUCACUCCUGUCUGUUCCAUUUUACAGUCCUAGUCACUCUGGAUGCCUUUUGGUUUGUUGACUUUUCUUUCCGCUCAUUGUUUUUCCAGGAAGCGGUGAAAGCUGCAGGGAUGUGUGUGUGUGUGCGUGUGCAUGCUCGUGCGCGUGCGCGUGUCUCGAAAGUACAGUAUUCUAGCUUUUGCACCAGCCCUGUGGAGUCUGUGUCUUUUUCUGCAGUUGUCUUGUGGUAUAUUACAAGAUGGUAUAAGUAUCUCCAUACAAGCGGUUACAAUAUUAUCUACCCCAUUUCUGAAAACAUGGCAUGCUGACUUGUUUACUGUUUGAUUUGACCGGUCAUAAUAUUGUUGUGCAUCGGGUUUCAAAACAAUUAAGCAAGACCAUCUUCUUUUGCAGGAAGUACAAAUGAAACCCUUUAAAGUCUCUUCUCUGCAGAUUUGGAUAUUGCACCACUUUGGGCCACAGUUGCCACAGAAAGGGGCCACUCAUUCCCAGAGGAGGCACCAGCAAACUGUUUGUGAGAGAGAAACAUGAAUGUAAGCAUAGCACGAGAGAACCCGGGCGGAGGGCCAAAAGCAACUCUGCGCUGUGCAGGACAUUAAAAAGUUGGAGCAACAGCUGAGCUGAUGUCUCGGGCCAUGGCGUUGUACUGGUUCCCAACUCUGUGUCCAGACAUCCCUGUCAAACUUGUCCUGGGAAUUGGGAAGAACUUCAACCUGGUCGCCAAUUUUCUGAAGCGGCACUUAAACCUCAGAUGUAUUGUCAAGCAGCUCUAUGGGGAUUUGCGUGUUUUUCCUGAACGCUAUGUUGUGUGUGUGAGCUGUCCAGAGGAUGCCUCAGCGCACCAUGGAAACCCGAGUCUGGCCGCGACUGAAUUGAGCGAACAAAGCCGAUCGGAAUAUUUUUCCAGAGUGGGAGAAACCCAAGAGCCUUUAAACUGCCCCGCAAAAACAAAGAAGACUGUGCUUCAAAAGAUAGCCAAACAAGCUAGUGUCCAGCAAGAGCUCUAUGUUUCCAGUAUGGGGGAGCAGCAGAUGGACCAGAGCGCCUGUCCCAAAAACCAAAGAGGGGAACUUAAAGCCGGAGAGUCAGAAUUCAGCUCUGGAUGGAAGGCUCUCCCAGAGGCAGACCACACGGUGCCUUGCCCCGGUACUUUAAAUGAAGCCGUGGCUCAGAUUGGGACUACUCAAAAGCAGGGUCUGACCCAGGAGCAGCAGACUGAGAACAGUCCUCCAGACAGCAUCAUCCCAAAUGGGGCCUCAGUAGUUUUCUGCCAACAUGAAAUCAGUCAUGAGACAAGAAAGAGCAAGAGGUGCAAGUCGAGCGACGCAGGGGAAGACCCUCGCCCACAGAGGGCCAAGAGGACGUGCCUUGGAAGACCUCCAGCCACAAUGCAAACCCAAUCCACCGAGUGCUCCACACAAACAUCCAGGCAUGACCUUCUUCCUCUGCCGCCCCUUCCUCUAGUCGAAGCCAAGGCAGAGUCCAAGGCUUUCCCUGUCUCCGAGCGCAAGAAAACCACACUGGAAGUAGAGCUGCUUACUCCAGGGAAACGGGCCCAGAGGCUCCCCCUCACAAGCAAUAACACGGCACAGACAAACCAAAACAGCCCGGCCGCAAGUCUGAGGGGCCUAUCUGUCAAGCCUGCAUCCUCAGGCUCCUCUAUUAGUUCCAGAUCCACACUCGGAGAGGAGGGGAGUGAAAAUGUGCCCAGAACCUCUAGAUUACGACGACUGAAGAGGUCCUGAGGGGGAGAGACGAGCUACAGUAAAGAUGCCUGACGCCACAGAGAUAGAGAUGAUAUUGUGUCAGGCUACAUGUUUUCCUCACAUGACAUGCAUUUGUACACGUGUCACAUUUUACUAUCUAUAUAAUAUCUAUUCUUUUCACAUGUGCUGUACAUGCAGUACACACACACACACACACACACACACACACACACACACACACACACACACACACACACACACACACACACACACACACACACACACACACUUACACAUUCACAGAUCAAAUGCUGAACACAUUAUGGCAAUUGAUACAUGAGCAUUUGAGUUACGCUUUGUCAAAUACUUGAAACAGACUUUGCCUCCACCCAUAAGUAGUGGUGGUCAAAGAGAGGCUCGCAAAUGAAAGUCAAAAACCUUUAAUUGGAGUUUAGAUUUGGUUUUGUGUUAAAGAUUGGGGAUUUCAGACAGGCAGGAGCCAUGCAGUACGUCAUGGCUUUCAGUCUGAAAUACUGGCUCCUACGUGUCUGAAAACUGUCCAGUUUCCCCGCUGAAGCUCUGGUGUGAUUGAUUGCCGUUUCCAGAUUUAUUUCAUCACCCCAGUCUCAAAAAUGUACUUAUGUAGUUAGAUUUCAUUCAUAUACAAUUUGCUCAAUAAUAAGUUGCUAAGCACCUGAAAUGUAUCUUUAAAUUUGAGGGUAUUAUGCAGAUUUUAUUUUGAACUUGAACCAAAUAUGUGUGGGUUUAUGAGCAGUAUUGAAUUAUUAGUGGUUUUAUUUGGGAGUAGCAGGACGUCUACAGUAUCACAGGUUAAAAUGUAGCUGCUGUCGUCGCCCCAACACUCGACAGGGCUGUUUGGACCAGGGCCAGUUGAGCGAUCCAGAGAGCAUAGGGCAACUAGCGGCCAACAGUCACUCAUACCCCCAUGUAAAGCCCAAGAUGUUCCACUUGAUGACAUAAUGUUGCCUGAAUACAUUACUCGCGAUUUUAUUUUUGUUGGACUGGAAAGACAUUUUAUGAUAUAAAUAAAUUUGUUUCUCCCAUGAAAAAA